AUGGACUCGGCCGCCGAGUUCGGCCACCUCGAGGUCGUGCAGUGGCUGCACGAGAACCGCAAGGAAGGGUGCACGACGGACGCCAUGGACAUGGCGGCCAGCAACGGCCACUCGCAGGUCGUGCAGUGGCUGCAGACCAACAGGAAGGAGGGGUGCACCUCCAACGCCAUGGACUUCGCGGCCCAGCACGGCCACUUGAAGGUGGUGCAGUGGCUGCACUUCAACCGCAAGGAGGGGGCCACGCACUACGCCAUCGACAACGCCGCGUCCUACGGCCACCUCGAGGUAAUCCAGUGGCUGCACGCCAACAGACACGAGGGUUGCUCGCAGUCGGCGCACUGCUCCGUGGACGCCAUGGACCUGGCCGCAGCUAAUGGCCACCUCGAGAUGGUGCAGUGGCUGGCCGAGCACCGAUCGGAGGGCUGCACGACGGACGCCAUGGACCUUGCGACCGCCCACGGAUUCCUGGCCGUGGUCAAGUGGCUACAUUGUUAUCGCGAGGAAGGAUGCACGCUGGCCGCUAUGGACGCGGCUGCUGCUAAUGGACACCUUGAUGUGGUCAAGUGGCUGCACUCACACCGGGACGAAGGCUGCACGAAGAACGCCCUAGUCGACGCGUGCCUUGCUGGCCAUUGCAGUGUGGCCAAGUGGCUCAUGCAGUUUCGGUCAGAAGGCAGCGACACUGCUGCAAUCAACGCUGCGACGCAGGGAGGUCAUGAUGAAUUGGUGCAAUGGCUCGUGGAUCACGCGUUUCUGCGAGACUGCUACAGCUACCCUCCACAUUGGAAGAGUGUGUCGAUGUACUAUGAACUGGAGAGCGAAGGCAGUGACGGCGAGAGUGGUGGCGAGGUGGAAGAGUACCCCGUGUUUUUUGCGUGA